AUGGGUAUAAUGUUAUCAGUUCUGAUAUCGUACGUCGGUAUUCACGAAGCCAUAGAGUGUCUGAAGCACAUUAUCAGUGGACUAAUACCGGAUACGGAACCCGAUUUUAAUGAUCUCGUCGAAUAUUAUACGCAUCUGCUACGGAAAACAGCAAAUUCUCCCAAAACAAGGGAUUGGACCACGGAGUCCGGUCAAGGUUAUCUAUACUUAAAUGAAGAUAAGGAUGGCAAAAUCAAGUCCGCCUCUAUUAAGUUUUAUAACACUCCUUCAAAUUCAACCGCGCUAUUGUUUUCCACCAAAAUAUCCAGCUUCGGUCAAGACUCCGUAGAAGAAAACUCUCAAGCGAAUGGAGACUAUAGAGCAGAGAAGUAUCCAGCGACAAAGACGAAAACGAUCAUCUCAAACACAUCAGAAUCUUUUAGUGUUGGAAAUAAAACUCGCCCAGCUGCCGAUAGUACUUCAAGUCCUAGUUCAUUUGACAACAGCGCACGUAGUAUGAAUAAUGACGCCCAACUGAAACUCACUUGGGAGUAUACACCAAAAACCCCCCCUUCCACGCCAGUGCCCGAAAUACACUUCCAGCCUUACGGUGGUGAUAAUAAUGGAGAUAUAGGUUACAGCGAAGAAUUCUUAAGAUCUCUUGAUGGGAUUAAGUUUCGUCCUUUACAAAGAAAUGAUCCGAGUGGCCGCAGACGGUCGUUCAGAAGACGUACAUCUUCUUCGUCGAAUUCCUCAAAGGAGUCGCGAGCCUCGCGCGAGGAAGAACUCCGAAUGUUUACUUCAUUAGAGGAGGACGAAUUUAAAAACCUUAAUAAAGACGCGAAUGACGGUAAAUUCGGAAGUGCUCCUAACUUAGCAGCACGUUCUUAUUCCAGAAGUCGAUCGAGAGAGAAAUCUAAAGAAAGAAGAACCGAAAGUCCUAUUCCGGAGGACACCGACCGUAACACGUCCGACACAAAGCUUCCCCACUCUCUCAAGGAUGUGCCCAAAUUGAGCACGUUUGAAGAAAAAGACGAAACAAAUGAUAGCGAGCUCAUUUUCAGCGGUGAAUACACCAAGGCCAUGAAUAAGGAUUGGCACAGCGGUCACUUCUGCUGCUGGAAGUGCGACGAGUCUCUGACCGGGCAACGCUAUGUCUUGAGAGAUGAACAGCCCUACUGCAUCAAGUGCUACGAGGGCGUCUUCGCCAACGGCUGCGAGGAAUGCAACAAGAUCAUCGGCAUCGACUCCAAGGAUCUGUCGUACAAAGACAAGCACUGGCACGAGGCGUGUUUCCUCUGCGCCAAGUGCCGCGUCUCUCUGGUUGAUAAACAAUUCGGUUCCAAGUUAGACAAGAUCUACUGCGGCAACUGUUAUGACGCCCAGUUCGCCAGCCGCUGCGAUGGAUGCGGAGAUGUCUUCCGAGCUGGCACUAAGAAGAUGGAGUACAAGACUCGACAGUGGCACGAGAAGUGUUUCUGCUGCGUUGUGUGCCAGAAAGCCAUCGGGACCAAGAGCUUCAUCCCUCGCGAACAGGAAAUCUACUGCACUGGUUGUUAUGAGAAUAAGUUCUCUACACGCUGCGUCAAAUGCAAUAAGAUCAUAACGCAAGACGGUGUAACGUACAAGCACGAGCCGUGGCACCGCGAGUGCUUUACUUGCACACACUGCAACACCUCGCUGGCCGGAGAACGAUUCACGUCCAGAGACGAGAAGCCUUACUGCAGCAAUUGUUUCGGGGAACUGUUCGCCAAGAGAUGCACAGCCUGCAGCAAGCCUAUAUCCGGUAUCGGCGGCACUCGCUUCAUCUCUUUCGAGGACCGUCACUGGCACAACAGCUGCUUCCAGUGCGCGUACUGCAAGGUGUCUCUCGUAGGGAAGGGAUUCAUCCCGGACGAGCAGGACGUCAUCUGCCCCGAGUGCGCCAAGCAGAAGAUCGCCAUUUCUUGGAAGAAGGCAACGGAGCGCUACAGCUGCUGUGUCGGCCGGCUGCCCGUGCGACCGUUAUUUCCAUUGUCUCUUUCCUACCUGCUCGUGUCCCUUCCAACGAUAGAAAAGGCUCGAGAAGUGGACAUCCCCGAAAUGAACGGAAAAGAUCCACGGGUUUCAAGGGAACAAAUCGACACGAUAUCGAAACGGAUCCAACGUUUGCGAGCACUUCGGCAGCAAAAGUCUCGAAAAAGAGUACAGAGUUUGAAGUCCGAAUCGACCAAACCACUCAACGACGACGUACAACAAGUUUUGAAGCCGAUUUACGAAGAUCUAACAACGGACGAUCUCUUAGAACGAUGUACGGGCGCAAACACUCAAAACAAUAACGAGAGCUUCAAUCACUGUGUGUGGCAACUAGCCCCGAAGCACGUAUUCUGCGGCAAGCAAAUAGUGGAAGUCGCUACGCAGUGUGCUGUGUGCACCUUCAAUCAAGGUUACGACCCGAUUUUAAAAAUUUUGGAGACGAUGGGAUGCACGAUAGGGCCGAGCGCCGCACAUUUCGCCGCAAAAUACAAAAAUGGAAUACAAAUAGAAAUACAAAAAGAAAGGAAAACCAAAGAAAAACUAUGA